AUGUCUUCGUCUUCUUGGAACAAUGAUAUCCGUGUAGUUGUUUGUAUAGCCAACCCUGAGAUCGUAACAAAUGAAACAUGGACAGGUUAUUCUGGUAGAUUGAAAACCAAUACUGUGCUUCAAUAUAACGAUUCAUUUGAAAAGGUUGUGGCAUGGGGACAGCCUGCAUUGGCAAAACGUGAACGUAGAGGAAGAAAUAAUAAUCUAAACACUUCAAAAGUAAUUGCAGAGUUGUUUAAAUUGCAUUUAGGUAAUGUGCCUGAUCAUCAAAAAACAAAAUUGCCUGGAGAUUUAAGUCAUAAACGUGUCAUAUCCGAUUACCUUGAACAGAUUGACACAGUUGCGAUGAGAUGGCCAGGAAUUGAUUUCUAUAAAAAUGUUCGAUUAGUUCUUACAGUUCCAGCAGAAUUUAAUGAACAAGCUAUUGCUACAAUGAGAGAAUGUGCAUUUAAUGCAAAGCUAAUUAAUGUUAAAAAUACUCAAAAUUUACAAUUUACAACUGAGCCUGAGGCCGCAGCAAUACAUUGUAUGAAAGUUUUGAAAGAGCAUUCACUUACAGAACCAGGAACAUCAUAUAUGAUUGUUGAUUGUGGUGGUGGUACAGUGGAUUUGACUACAAGAAGAUUAAUGGAAGGAGAUACGUUAGGAGAAGUUACUGAAAGAUCAGGAGGUUUUUGUGGUGGAAGUUUUGUUGAUUUAGAAUUCAUAGACUUUCUUGGCAAAAAAGUUGGAGAAAGAGCCAUCAAAUUAUUAAAGGAAAAUCAUUAUGGUCAAUAUCAAUACUUGGUACAAGAAUUUUGUCAAAGAAUUAAAAUACCAUUUACAGGCGAUAGGAAAGACUUGGAUGGUUUUGAGUUGGAUAUUGAUGAUGUUUGUAAAGUUCUCAAGCAAUAUAUUUCGAGCGACAAAAAAGAUGAAUUAGAAGAUAAUGAAUGGCUUGUUGAAAUGACUUUUGAAGAUAUUAAAGGAACAUUCGAUCCUGUUAUUAAUAAGAUUAUUAAAUUAAUAAAAGAUCAAUUAAAAAAAAGUGGUAAAUGUUCUGCAAUGUUCUUAGUAGGAGGUUUCAUCCCUGUACAGCCAGUAGCAGCGGUGGUUAGAGGAGGAGUAGAAUAUGGUAUAAACAUGGCAACAAUAAAAUCUAGAGUAUUGAAGAAAACUUAUGGUAUUUUAUUAAUGCCACAAUUUCGAGCUGGAAUUGAUCCACCAGAACGCAAACUUGCACAUAAUCGUAUACAAAAAUUCAGUAAGGUGGUUCAAAGAGGUACAGAAGUAGGCGUGAAUCAAGAGUUCAAAAGAACUCUAAAACCAAGUUAUUCCCUACAAAGUGUCUUCUCCAUUCCAAUAUUUAUAACUACAAAUGAUAACGCAACUUACUGUGAUGAACCUGGAAUGGAGCUGUUGGGUCAAUUACAAAUGAAUUUACCUCAACAACACUUGGGAAUGGAUAGAGUAAUCGAGUUUAAUAUGAUAUUUGGUCAGAUAGAACUUCAAGCUUAUGCCAAAAAUAUUAAAACCGGUGAAGUUGCUACUGCAACCUUUAAUCUAAAAUUUUAA